CCAACAGAAAAAGUUUGUUUCAACAAGACAAAAUUCACGACUCGCUAGUGAAGAAUAUAGAAUAACGACACAACCCCACUUCGGCGACGACGCCGCCACCAGCUGCCGACCUCCGCCGUUUCCGUCCUUUUCUUUCCCCUCUUUGUUGAUUCCAUUGGCCCCUAUCUAUCUGAAACACGAGCGCACACACAUCCUGCUUUGAUUCUCGCUCAUACACACAUAUAUAGAUAAGGGGACGAAAAUUAGGAAGUCUAUACAACUUUUUUCAUCUUGAUUGAGCAAGCAACAUACAUAGAAUGGACGUAAAACCUGAAGUUAACGGUGGCGUUAAAGAGGAGAAACAUAAUCGUCCGCCGCCGGUAAUCGAUGGUCCCACUAAUCCUAUGGUUACGCCGCUGCUCAACGAUCUCUAUCAGUUCACCAUGGCUUACGCAUACUGGAAAGCUGGAAAGCAUAAAGAACGAGCUGUGUUUGACUUAUAUUUUCGGAAAAAUCCCUUUGGUGGUGAGUACACAGUUUUUGCUGGUUUAGAAGAGUGCAUAAGAUUCAUUGCUAAUUUUAAAUUAUCAAAGGAAGAGAUUGCUUUUGUUCGAGAAAGUUUAUCUCCUACAUGUGAGGAUGCCUUCUUUGAUUACCUUGAAGGAAUUGAUUGUUCAGAUGUUGAAGUGUAUGCAAUUGCAGAAGGGUCAGUUGUCUUUCCCAAAAUACCCCUGAUGAGAGUUGAAGGCCCAGUGGCUGUUGUUCAAUUGUUGGAAACUCCUUAUGUGAAUCUUAUAAAUUAUGCCUCAUUAGUCACCACAAAUGCUGCAAGACAUCGUUUUGUUGCUGGAAAAUCCAAACUUCUUCUUGAAUUUGGACUACGAAGGGCACAGGGCCCAGAUGGUGGUAUAGGGGCAUCAAGAUAUUGCUACAUGGGAGGAUUUGAUGCAACAAGCAAUUGUGCAGCUGGAAAAAUAUUUGGAAUACCACUUCGUGGAACACAUUCCCAUGCUUUUGUUAGCUCAUUCAUGGGAACUGAUGAGAUUAUAGAUAAGUCUCUAAAAAGUCAUGAUGGAUCUCAAGUAUGUGAGGAUUUUGUUGGUGCUUCUCAGACAUGGUUAAGCAAAAUAAAAAGGCUAAGUAUAUUGAAGGGUGUUUUUGGUGAAACUAAUCAGAGUGAAUUAGCUGCUUUUAUUUCAUAUGCUUUGGCCUUUCCUGAUAACUUUCUAGCUCUUGUAGACACAUAUGAUGUGAUGAAGAGUGGUGUUCCUAACUUCUGUGCAGUGGCUCUAGCACUAAAUGAUCUGGGGUAUAAAGCAAGGGGUAUUCGGUUGGAUUCCGGUGAUCUUGCUUAUCUUUCAUGUGAGACAAGAAAAUUCUUUCAAACAAUUGAAACGGAAUUUGUAAUUCCGGGGUUUGGAAAGACCGGAAUCACAGCUAGCAAUGACCUCAAUGAAGAAACUUUGGAUGCUUUAAACAAACAGGGUCAUGAGGUGGAUGCGUUUGGAAUUGGGACCUAUUUGGUGACGUGUUAUGCUCAAGCUGCAUUAGGUUGUGUUUUUAAGCUUGUUGAGAUAAAUAAUCAGCCACGUAUUAAGCUCUCAGAAGAUGUCUCAAAGGUCUCUAUUCCAUGUAAAAAACGAUCUUUUAGAUUAUAUGGAAAGGAAGGUUACGCCCUUUUAGACAUAAUGUCAGGCGAAAACGAACCACCUCCAAAGGUAGGAGAAAGAAUUUUAUGUCGCCACCCGUUUAAUGAAUCAAAAAGAGCUUAUGUGGUCCCACAACGUGUUGAGGAGCUUCUUAAGUGUUAUUGGCCCGGAACUACAAACAAAAAAAGAGAAGAAUUGCCGACACUUGAGCAAAAUAGGGAACGUGUUGGGAAGCAAUUGGAGCAAAUGCGACCCGAUCACAUGAGAAGACUCAAUCCAACACCUUACAAGGUUAGUGUAACGGCAAAGUUGUACGAUUUUAUUCAUUUCCUAUGGCUAAACGAGGCACCUGUUGGGGAGUUACAGUAGGGCCCACCAUGGCUUUGCAUAAUAAGUUGGAAUUUUUUUAUUUGAUGUAAUAUAUGUUUUAAUGUGUUUGUGCUUAUAUUAUAAUCUGUGAUAAGAGAUUUUAUUUAUAUAGUAUUAUAAGAAGAUGACUUUUGGUCUU